AUGAAGCGGUUUGUGUUCGACCCGAUCGGGGUUGCGGCUGGCCUGCGUCCUAAAGAGGCGAAUCAUGGACAAAAAUCAGAUCCGUAUAGCAGCGGCGUCACGAAAUUUACCCAGAAUCACGUAGAAAAUCACCAUCGGAUCCGAAAGAGGAACAUUAGUGCGCUCUCCAAAUUCAGCGAUAUUCGCGAUCCGCCUCGUCUCGCUACACUGAUGAACGUCUCUGAUGUUAGCAUGAGGACCGUCUUUUACGCCUGCAUGUUCCUUUACGGGCUCUCGGUGUUAUGGGGGAAGGACUGGCUGUGGGAUUCCAGGCUCUGCUUCGUGGACUUCCCCUUCCAUGACUUGCCGAAGGACAUCCGUAGGUAUUACCUUGUGGAGAUGGGCUUCUACAUCUUCCUACUGGAGUCCGAAGGCUUGGAAAGGAAGCGGACUGAAUUUUGGGUGGAAUUAUUUCAUCACACCGUCACGCUGGUGCUGCUGGUCUUAUCGUUUUGCAUUCAUGGGCAUCGCGUCGGGUCCAUCGUUUUGCUGCUGCACAAUCCACAUGCUGUGCUCAUUUUGUUAAUAAACCAAGAUGGAGAACAUCCUUGUCCCCAUCACUCACGGUUCAUGAAAGCCUCACUCACAGAACACAAGAAUGAUGUCGGUGGAUCUCUGUCUUUCCAGGCCAGCAAGGCGAUGAAACACCUGUCGAAGCCUAACUGGAGCAACAUCCUCCUCAUGCUGACCACCGUCGUCUUUCUGGCCUCCCGGAUCAUCCUCUUCCCGUGCCUCAUCCUCUUGCCGGCGGAUUCAAUGAGAGAACCUUUGGGCGCCUGUCUGAGUUCCAACCAUAAUCCUAGGCGACGUUUCCCUGCCAACACUCUGACAGCAGGUGGUUACAUGGACGAGUACACGAGUACACAGGUACUCAUCCUCACCCACACUCAAGAGUACCAAGAUGACUCACUAGUUCCUCCUCCCGUACCAGAGCCUCGGGAGGAGGAGUAA